CAGAAACAGAAAAUCAAUCGAUUCAUUCGUCUACUACCGUAUCUCCUGAAACGCAUACGACACGUUCGCAAUCUAGUAAGGUCAGCUCUGUCGAUUCCAUAAUAAAGAGAUUUCAGAAAACCCAAAAGCGUGGCGCAUUCUUAGCUGACAACAUCCAACAAACAUUUAAGUAUAGAGUCAAAUAUAGCGAAGAAAGUGAAACAAAUAAGAAGCAUCAUAGUUCUUCUUCCGAAUCUUCAAGAAUAACUAUUUUUAAACCACCAAAAACUAGAAAAACGAAUAAAAGUACAGUCCCUCCCAAAACACACUACGUUAACGAAAGAGAAGCAAGAAAACGUUUAGAAAACAAGGCAAGACAAUAUUACAAAAAAGCUUCAGCAAUGACGUCGCCGCGGACUUCGCACAAAUUAAAAGAAAAGAAGCGUGAAACAAAAGGGAUUUUUAAAAGACUAUCAAAGAGGAAGAGUAGUGAUGAAGAAAAAAUCGGCGCCCACGAGAGUGUGGAAUUGUUGAACUUAAAUUAUUCUGAUGUUCAAGAUUCUACGACAGAAUUGAAUCAAUAUUUAAGUCAGCCGUCUAGCAGCAACGAUUAAGAAUUAUAUCUUAAAUUAUUAUUCUCAGCUAUAUUUGUUAAUCGUUUCUUAUUAAAUUUAUAUUACGAAUUUACGAAUAUUCUAAGUAAUUCACUGAAAAUCGGACGUUGUAAUAAACUUGAAAUUACAUCAUGAGCAACAAAAAUCGACGGUAUGCAAUGGAUGUAGAGGAAAGUGAUGAUAGUCAGUUAUGCGAAGAUGCUGACCAAGAAUACCUUAAUAUUGACAAAAACGCUCGACAAAUGGGGACUAAAAAAAAAGUAUAUAAUUGUGUUGGGGAUAAAAACGUCAGACGGAAGAAACAAAAUACAGAAGAAUGUUAUAUGAGAGAAGGUAUGGAAUCACUGGAAUCUCUAUCUCUCAAAAAUAAAACACAAGAAACAAGCAAUUGUCAAGAUGCUAGUAAUAAUUUCAGUUCUGAAAGAGAAUUUGUUAAUUUAGAUUCCUUAGAGAGGUGCUGUAAUUGUUGGUGUAACGACAUACAUUUGUGUAAUGAAAUUUAUGAGGAUAAUGAAGAAAGUGAAUAUGAACCGAGAAAUAAAAAUAUUAUGACGGACACGUCGCCUAGCUGCGAAACCUUCUCUGGAAAUACGUAUGUUUUAAAUACGAUUUUGUCUCGACCUGUUUUGAAAGAUCAGGAAACUGAAUGCGAAUCAAGAGGACGAAAUAUUUCAACAGAUAAAAGUACCUUUACGGUAAAUACAUGUGGAGGUAUGUCACACAGGUCAUACAAACUACACUCUCAAAAAUAUGAAAGACCUCAAUCGACUGAGACCAAUUUCUCCGAAGAAUGUGAAACAGAAUAUGAUACUUCAAGGAAGAAUGUUUCGACAGAUAUGAACAAGCCCAAUAAUUGUACUGGGAGAACUUAUAUCAUACAUCACAGAGCUGAUUGGUCAAUUGAAACAAAAUCAUCGAAAAAUGAAGAGAGUGAUUGUGAGCCCAAAAAAAAGAACAACUCAACAGAUAUGAAAACAGCUCCUUUGCCCUUUUAUGCAGAUUUUCAGGAAAAUGCUCACAGAAAGCUCUAUAAAGAGUCUAAUGUGACAAAAUCAAUAGAAACAAAAACUUGCAAAGUUAAAAUACAUAAGAUAUGUAAUUGUUCCUGCUGCAAAAAGAGCAAUUCAAAACAUUUGCCUUUAUGUAUACCUGCACGCCCACAACCGCCGCCGCGACCGUUUCAUAUACCUCCUCCUCCUCCCCGCCAAUUGCCACUUCCUUCUCCUCCAAAUCACUUGCCGCCUACAUCCACUAAUCGCCCGUCAUGUUCCCCUCGACAUCUGCCUCUUCCUUCACCACAGCAUUUACCACCAAUUUCGCGACACUUGCCUCCACCUUCUCGUCAUUUGCCUCCUCCUUCUCGUCACAUACCACAAAGACGCCCCACAGUUUCCCCUCAUCCUCUUCCGUAUCUUCCACCUUCGGAAGAUCCAUACGCCAAGUCUAAUAUUGGAGAAAAAAUAUGCAAGUGUCCCAAAUGUUGUCAGCAAAUUGUGCCUAUCAAUGAACCACAAGCUGUUUCCCCAACUAGAAGGCACCACCAACCGUCAAAUGGUAGCUAUUGCAAGUAUAAGCCGCGCGAAAGAAAAAAAUAUGAAACAGAAGCAAAUAAUUCGCCACUAACUAUAAGGAUGCAUCCUGACAACUAUCAUGAAGGACAGAUAAGGAAGACACCAGCAAGAAAAAAGUGUCCUUGUCGUUGCCAGUUAAUUGAAUCAUAUAGACCUCAAUCACAGAACCAACAAACUCAAACAAAAGACAUAAGUAAUGAUGAAAUGACGGAUUAUAUAUGUAACUGCGAAAAUUGUUGUAAAAAGCGUUUCGAAAAUGAUGAACCCAGUUAUGAUUGCACGAGUUACUAUAGUGAACCAGAGUCCGACUCGAAUGAUUUGUCGCUACCCUAUCAAAACACUGAUGAAUAUAUGGAGCUGCUUGAAGAACUGGAAAAGAGACUCUUAUGUAGAAAUCGCAACAGGGUUCUCAAAACACUGGUCGAAUUUGAAAAUUGCGGACAACAGAACAAAAGUCCGAGAAAGUCGCAUACGCGCCAUACGGAAGACAAUCGGAAAAAGAACAACAACGAGACACAUAGUCCAACACAUUGUCAAAAGAAGUGUCCGCUAGAACCUAAAUGCAAAAGAACCGAAUAUAGAUGCACAUCGGAAAAGGGGGAUUGGGAUCAAGAGUAUCACAAUUCUGUCAGGCGUAACUGCAAUCUGCCGAGUUCCAGAGUCAACAACUCGAAAUGGCGGAUGAUACGUACAGGUGACUGGCAAAAAGUGGAAGAAGAGGAAGAUGAAGACGACUGCCAUUGCAGAAGCUUCAGUGAUCCUAAUUCCGGAUUUAUGAGCGACAUAUCCAGUCCAUAUACUUAAUAUUUAAUUAUUUGUUGUAUAUUUCUAAUUACAAAUUACAGUAUAGAAUUAAAAUAGUAUACACAAUA